AUGAGCUUCUACCUCAACCAAACUACAUCUGUGAUCGUUCCGGCCGAUUUGGAGCCUAUCCACACAAGUCGGCUGUAUUUACGGCCACUGACGGUGGCUGAUGCCGCAGCCAUCUUUGAGAUCCGACGCCGACAAGAGGUGGCCGACUGGCUCUGGCCCAGAGUCCCCCACAAAGACAUAUCAGAGUCCGAAGCCCUCAUUGCCAAAAAGACAUUUACAACACCGGAUGCGUCAGGUGCUGUUGGGCGGAAGUUUUUCUUUGCCAUCAUCCGCUCCGAUGAUCCAUCCCAGAGGGUCAUUGGAGGAGCGGGAAUCAAUUCUCUUAGCCCAGCCCCGUCAGUUGGGUACAAUAUCCAUCCUGACUUCUGGGGUAAGGGCUAUGCCACCGAGGCUGUUGCUGGUAUUAUAGAUGCAUGGUGGAAGCUUCAUAGAAUAGGAUUCGAGGGGGCUGUACAAGAUUUAGAAAAGGAGAAGCUGUUCGCGGCGUGCAAUAGAGCGAAUAUUGGUAGCGUGAAGGUGCUACAGAGGACUGGGUUUAGUAUCUACCACGAGCAGCCGAUCGAGGGUGACGUGGUUGCGCUUUUUGAGCUAGAACAUCCCACUCGAUAG